GGUAUAAAAGGUAUUCGAACACAGGGUUGCGGUAUCACACAUCACUCGACGGUUUCAUAGUUGCAGAAGUAACUUCGGGAAUUCCUAAAUUUUCGUUAGUUUUUUCGAAAACUCAAAGAAUCCAAAACAUAAUUCGCACUGCUUCGAUCUGAUAUCGAUUUAGUUUGGAAUUUUUAUUUUUAUAUUUUAAAUAUUUCAAUUAAACCAAAAUGGCAAAAUCGUUGCUGAUCUGCAGUGCUUUGUUUUUGGCCGUCGUUGCUUCUGUAAUUGCCGCACCAGCUCCAAAAAAACGUAAGUAAAACAUUUCUCUAUACAAUAAAUUAUUAUAUUAUAUUUUCAUAGAUAACUCAUCACAAUCAAUUAUGAUAAUUAUCAUUAAGAUUUUCGAUAAUAAAUUUAAUGUUUGUUUUUAAUUGGUAAAUUGGUAUAAAUUAUAUUUUAAACUUGAUAUUUUUCUUCAUUAUUAUUAUUGGAUAAAAAAAUAUAGGUAAAACUAUAAAGCAGUUAAAAGCUGAUAAUUAUUACUACUAUUAUUAUUUUUUUUUUGUUAAUAAACGGUUUAACAAAAACUUUUUUGUAAAAAUAUAUUAAUAUUACGUUUUUUAAUCAUUAUUACUUAACUCUUUUAUAAUAUAUUUUAUUAAAGUAAAUUUACUUAAGUUUAUCGUCACACAGUUGUAUAUAAUUUAAAAAAUUACAAUUUAUAGAUAGUUCGUGUUUCACGAUUAUUUUUUUCUCUAUUCGGGUUUCCCAAAUAUAAAAUAUUACGAGAUUGUUAAUCGUUAUCUAACAAUAUUAAAAUGUGUAUAAUUUGAAAUAUUGUUAUAAACUUAAACUUAUAAAAAUAAUAUCAAAUUAUAAUUAUUUUAGUUACACACUUAUUUCCAAUUUUCAUGUAGAUAACGAAUAUUUUCAGUUAUCUAUUUAUUUUUUUUUUAGAAAAUUAGGUACCCAAUGGUUAGUACAGUGAAACGAAAAUUAAAGCAUUUGAAGCCAAUUUUUCGAAGAUUUUAAAUAUUUAUAUAAUACCUGCGUAAUACUUAUAAUAAUGAACAAACUAUUAUAUAAAUAUAAAUUCAUUUUUAAUAGAUUUUUUCGUCAAUUAAGCCCUAAGAAAAUAUAAUAAAAUACUAUUAGUAAUUAUUAUUAAUCUGAAUUCAAAAAGUAUAAGAAUAACCAACAGGAAUGACUAUUAUCGUGAUACUACAGAUUCAGAAAUUCAGAAUAUUAAAUUAUAUUACAAAGCUACCUACAUAAUAAUAUUAUAUAAUGAUUGUUUAAUUACUUGUUUACUCAUAAAUAGUAAAUCAAAUGUAGUGCAAAAUCUUUGCAAUUAUAAUAUGUUUGAAUCAUUAUAUAUUAUUUUAUUAGGUACUUAAUAUUUUACGAAAAUAAUUAAAUUUACCAGCCAAUCGAAAUAAAAAAAACACGAACGUGACCGAAAUAUUAAUAAUAGUACAUCAUCCCGGAAGGUGUAAAACGUGUAAAUGUGCUAUUAGCCAGCCAAGGCCACAACAGUUUAGUUAUUUCGUGCAAAAUCAUAGUAAUACCGGUGAGAAAUCAAACAAGAAUAAUAUUCAAAGAGGAAAUUAUUCAAAACAAUUAAUAAUAUAAUAAAGUAGAAAAUGGAUACUAUUAUUAUUUUUACAACUAUUAUUUGACGAAAAAUGUCCAAAACAAAUAUUAUUAUUAAUCGGUUUUGGUUCGAAUACUUAUAGAUUUUAAAAUAUUUAUUAUAUCAUGUGGGCACAGUUUUUUUUUUUUUAAGUUCUAACGAAAUUACAUAAUGUUAGGUGUGUAACAUUUUCUUCAGUACCCUCUAUGAUUUUGUUUUACAGAAUUGUCGUUCAAUCUAUGCAAGAAAAACGACCCUAACCUUGAUAAAUGUCUGAAGACGUCCAUACAGGAAGUGAUUCCGCAUCUGAGCGAAGGAUACCCGAAACUGAGGAUUCCGGCACUCGAGCCGUUCGAACUUCCGUCAUUGGAAAUCGAUCACGGUAAGGGGUCUACCAAAUCGGUUAGCAUCGACCUGAAGCUAAAGGACGUUAAGAUAACCGGGCUGACCGGAACAGUGAUCGAUUCGCUAAAGGUCGACGUGGACAACUACAGGAUGACUGGCAAGGUCGCGUUCGCCAAGCCUAUCGUCAUCACAGGAGCAUACACGGUCAACGGCAAAGUACUCGUGUUGCCCAUCACCGGCAACGGACCGUGUUCCAUUACCUUACGUAAGUACCUAUUAGUAUUUUUCAGAUAAAGAAGUUUUCAUUGUUUCAUGCCUAAAGAAAAAUAUUUCUUACUUCUCACUUAUAGACGAUGCUAUAUUGGAUUUAAAAGACGUGUCCGGCACUCCGUAUCAGAAGAACGGUAAGACCUAUGUCCAGAUCAAGAAAAUCGACCUGAAAUUAGUGAACAUUAAGAAAUUGAACAUCAAGUUGGAAAACCUUUUCAACGGAAAUAAACAACUCGGUAAGAAUAAUUACUUUUGCAUUUUAAUCAAAUAAAAUACCGUAUUUAAAAAAUAGUUUCCCAAUAAUUUACUGUUAUUGUCCAUUUGUUUGUGUAGGCGACAGCAUGAACACGAUCCUCAACGAAAACUGGCCAGUUCUUUUGGAAGAAUUACAGCCCGCUUUAGAAGAGGUAGUCGCGACCAUCGCUCAAGAUAUCGUCAACAAGGCGUUGCAAAAGACCGCGUACACUGAUAUCUUCCCCCAAUAAUACCUUUUCGGACUACAAAGUUGUUGUUUCGUUGAAAUUUCCUUACCAAAAAUGUUACUAUAUUUUAAUAUAAAUACGCACGUCACCGCCAAGAAGCACCAGCACACAAAGAGUAGCUCGACAAAAAUGUCUUAUGUGAUCGACGCUAACGAGAUACUCAAAAUUACUGCACUGGCGCCCACUUUCGGAGGACUUGUUAUUUUUUUUAUUAUUAAUUUAACUAUUAUGCUGGUCUCAAUAUCCACCAUCAUCAGAGCGGCAUAAUAUUGAUGACCUGUAAUUUAUUAUUUAAACAAAGGCCUAGUGUUUUUACUAUAAAUUAUUGAUUAUUAUUUAUCAUCGAAACCAUACGAUGGUAUAGAUACUAUACUAAAUUAUUAAAUUAUUA